AUGAUCGGAAGCUUCUCCACACCCUCGCCGUCCCCCCUCCGACUUGGACCACCCGCCCCGAAACGACACCGCGCCGAUCCUGCAGCCGAUUUGCGAGGCCGCGCCGAGACUUCCUGGUUGUGCGCUCGAGGUCGCACACUUCCUGCACCACCCCGGACUGGCCCAUACGGGCAGGUGCUUGUGUGUGGACCGUUCAGCACCACGUGCUACCCGGAAGAUACCGCCGCUCAGGCCGCCGCUCCCCCAGAAUUCACCGGAUCAUGUGCAGCAGUAUUUACUUUCUUGGACAUCUCGGCCAUUGAUAGACACGAAGCGAACUCACACGCUCCCCAGAUGGAGGCCCGCAGAAAAGGCCAGCCAUCGUUGCACAAAUACCCGGUCGACAAGAUGCGCACGCCUGUCGGGACCCUUGAGCCAGCCAUCGACCUACAAUGGAAGCCGGUUUCGAAAGGCCGUAGCGCUCGGGAGGGUGCCGCCACAGCAUGCGACGACGUCGCCGGCGGGCUCCAGCCUCGCCUCACCAAGACAACGGAGAUCCAGCGUGAGAAGCGGGUGAGGAGCGGGCAAGCUGGGUCAAGGGCGCCCCCCUGA